UGCGCGGGUGAGGGCAGGGGCUCUCCUGUCAGACAGACGGGGACGCCGCGCACGGGUGCUACCGAGCCCGCCACACUGUGGCUAGGAAGGAGCGCUGAGCUCAGCGCGCGAGGAAGCAGCGAUGUGUGCGAAUCAGGAGGGAGGUGCCGGGCCCUAGAAAUGCCCAGCCGGGGGUGGAGAGAAGGGGGGGGGGGCACUUCGGGAUUGACUCCCGCAGGCUCUCACGGUAGCCGUGCCUUGGGGAAAGGCUCGUCCCUUCCCCUCACACACACAUACGCAGCAAAGCGCUGUGCCAGGGACUAGUAAUUGCUGGGACUUCCUCUUGGGGGAAACUGCGCGGAGGCGCGGGCUCGGUCACGGCGGCUCUCGGCUCCCUCCUCCCCGCUGGUGCUGUAGUCCCGGGAAGGACGGGGCGCUUGCAAGGGAGGUGGCUGCUGGGGAGGAUGCGCUGCCAGCUGGGGGCCGGGUUCAUCAUGUGACUCUCCCGGGCUGCAAAGACCCCCCGCCUCCUCCCCGCACCAUGAGUGAACUGGAUGCUGGGCAGCAUCCAAGCCGGAGACAGGUAGAGCCCGGGCUGCUUCUCAAUCUCCUGUACUGCGUGUUCCUAGUGGGGACCAAGGAAAUCGAGGCUCUGACAGACUUCUCAGGUUACCUAACCAAACUUCUGCAAAAUCACUCUGUGUAUGCCUGUGAUGGCGAUCGUUUGAGCCUGCAGUGUCCUCGACAUUCAACAAUAAGUGUCCAAUCAGCAUUUUACGGGCAAGAUUACCAAAUGUGUAGUACACAGCAGCCUGAAACUGCGAUGAAAGACCCCUUAAACUGUGUGGCAUCUACCACUUUGCAGAAAGUACUGGAUGAAUGCCAGAACCAGAGAGCCUGCCAACUCCUUGUCAAUAGUCGGGUUUUUGGACCUGAUCUAUGUCCAGGAACCACUAAAUACCUCCUUGUCUCCUUUAAAUGCAAACCUACUGAACAUAAAACCAAAUCAGCGUGUGAAAACGAAGAACUGAAACUCCACUGUAAAGAGUCAAAGUUUCUUAACAUCUAUUCUGCCACAUAUGGCAGAUCAGCACAUGAGAAGGACAUCUGCUCUACAGAAGUGGGCCAUGCCCCUCAAUUUGUGCCCAGAAUCAUACUUACAGCAGUUGAUCCGAUGAUUUCUAAUCUAAAUCCUUCUCUAAAGCAGAAUGAUGGUAAAUAUGAUAUAAACAUUGACUCCAGGGAAUCAAGGCUGCCAAAGAAAGAUGGAAUUAUUAUUAGCAACUCUUUGGCUACAUUUGCUUACAUUAGAGAUCACCCUGAAAGAGCUGCUCUCCUGUUUGUGUCUAGUGUGUGUGUGGGCUUAGUCUUCACACUGUGUGCUUUGGUGAUACAUGUGUCAUGCACUAACGACUUCCCAAAACUGCACAGAAUGAAAGACCAUUCUGUGCUGGAAAGCGACAAAGCAGAUGAUCACAGUGAUGAUGAAGAAGAGGAAGAUUCUUCAGAUUCAGACUUGCCAAAUGAGCGAACAGGAUUUUAUAGGACGUAUUACUCGGGUUAUAAUUCAACAGAAGCAGCUGAACUGGCUGAAAGGAUAGAGCGCCGAGAACAGAUAAUGCAAGAAAUUUGGAUGAACAGUGGUUUGGAUAUGUCUCCUACUAGAAAUAUCAGUCCAUUUUAUAUUAAUGAACAACAAAGUGUUUAUUUUGGAUGAUACAAGCUUUUUGUUUUUAAUGUACCUUCUGUGAAGGGACAUGUGUAACUAUAUAUAAUUAUUUGUAAAGUAAAAAAAUAUAUAAAUAAUAAAAGGACUGUUUCAAACCCCUGAUUGCAUAACCCAGUGUGGAACAAAUUCUGCAAGGAUUUAUAGUUUGUUGUUUUUCUUAUUGACUAGUUGAAGAUGAAUUCCUGUAUAUAAGUGGAAAACAUACACACCUCUGCAGAAAGAAAAGUAAUGAAGCAGCAUAAUAGAGGAUUAGGUAUUUGUGUUCCAUAAGGACAUGGCAUUUAUUAGUUAACAGGUUAAUUAGGGCAGGCUUCUACAGUACUUUGGAACUGCCAUGUGCUAUAGCAAUGUAAAAUAUUUGUAUUAUUAAUGAGGCAGGCGGGCUAGACAAAACCAUCCAGGGCUCCCUGUGGCCCUUCUGCUAUUGCUCCAACCCAUCCUUACUCAACCUUGCCCCCCAGUAAACCACUAUAUAACUGAGCUCAGUCUAGCUGGAGCUAAAAUCCUGCUAGCGUUAGGCAGGUUAACAGGUUUGAUUCUUUAGGGUUGUAUGCAAAAGAGGUAAAAAGUGCGGGAGCCCUUGAAGUUAAGCCACAGCGAAGUCAUGUGUUUUCUCAAAAGAGUGUUGUAUUCGUUCAGAACCAUGGUUAGCCAAACACACCUUAAUGCUCAUGCAGAAAGAAUACAGACCUAGAUCAUGAGUCCCUGAUGUAUGCUGAAGCUUUACUCCACACGUAGGCCCAUUGAUGUCAAUAGCAAGAGUAAGGUGCUAUUCAAUAUGAGUAGGAGCUUCACAGUUUGGCUCUUUUUUCUGCAUGCAGGUAGCAGGCACAUAUGCCCUCCCCACUGAAAAAAAAUCCACUUGCAGGGAAGAUACACAUGGGUAAGACGUGUAAACUGGCAUCAGGACCUUUAGUGUCAUGUACUGUUGAGAAAAGGAUUAAAAAUAAAAGUGUCAUAGAGCACUUAC